AAAGUGGAUAACAGUGAUUUUUUCGACAUUGCGGCAGAAGACACGAUGUCUGCUGAGGUGGAGAGUAACAAGGAAGAUGAUGUGAAAGAGCAAAAGCCGAGGAAGCCCUUGAAGGUUGUGUUCGCGGAAAAAUGGCAAAUUGGAAUUAAAAUACUUGAACUGCUGGUAUGUGCCGUUUGCAUGGGCUUCAUUUAUGAUCCAGCUUCCACAGCAGGCCUGGGUAAAAGCCACAUGCUCCACGUAGGGGUCAUGUAUACCGCCUACACUGGAUACAUGGUGGUCAACUGUGUCCUGUUGGUCGGAAGAACGCUGGGAGAAAGGAUACCCUACAAGACAGUGUCUAUUUUCGCAAUAACUGGAUCUGCACUGUUUCUCAUUACAUGUAUUCUGUUGACUGUCGAUCGCCUGUACCUGAUGAAACACUAUUUUUAUCAUCCGAAUAUGUAUCUGCUGACUAUGAUGACGACUUCUAUCAUCUUCGCUUUCAUCAACGUGGUACUUUUGGCUGUUGAUGCCAUGUUCACCUUCAUUAGAAAAGAGGACUUCUGAAUCUUCUAUGGAAAAAUGUAUAUUAGCGACUUGACCUGUACCUGGUGAAAUAAUGUUGUAUCAUAGGAAUAGGCCAAAUGAUGUCAAAAUAACUUUAAUUGCAGAAUU